GACUUGUUGGCAUUUCUCUCCUUUGGAGCCAAAGCCUCCCCUUUUGAAAAAAACUCUCUUUCGCUCUCUCUCGCGCCGUCUCUAUUUCUCUCUCCUCCCUCAUCGUUUGCGAACUCGCUCUGAUACUGAAGGGAGAUACUUGGUUGCACGGAGGGGCUUGUUGAUUUUAUCUUACGGCUUGUGCUUGUGCUUGUGCUUGAAGGGCUUUGCAAUUUUCUCUAAGUUGAGUUAGAAAUAUUUGUUCCAUAAUGCUUAAUUCUGAAGUAAACAGCAAUGUGAUGGGCAACAGUGGGGCUGGCAUGCCUUCUGACCAUAAACAGUCACCGCUACUAAGAAAGAUAGCACUGAGAGAUGUCCAGAAUGAUAAUAGAACUUUGAUACGUAAUCAUCCAGAAAAUUCCCCCAUUCUGGGUGGAAAAUCCAUCACAGAUGCAAUCAAGGUUUCUGGAACUAAGAGACUCGCACCUGAGUGCCCUUUAAGCCCCCCUUUUGGCCCUUCCUCGAGCAAAAAUGGUGUAAAAGAUCAUUUCGUGAAUGAUCGAAGAAAGUUUGAUUCAGAACCAGGCAAAAAAAUUCAGGACAGUACGGACAAAAGUGCUGAUAACCGUCAAUCGAGCUCAAAGCAUUCUUGCCACAAGCAACAGGAAUUACCUCGACAGCAGACUCAGAUGAAGGAGAGCAAUUUGUUUUGUUCUCCUGUAGUUAGACCAAAUCAUAUGGCUUCAAUGAUGAACUUUAUGUGUGGUGGAUCUCCAGUUCCCAUUGAGGUCAACUCAGAGGUCUGUCAUUCAACUGAUUCUAAGGCUACCAGUGAUCAACAAAAAACAGAACGGUUUAUUCAUUUGCAGAAGGUCUUGAAGCAGUGCGACGAGUCUAAUCAAAGGGAUUAUAUCCAGAUGCUUCUAAAUUUGUCGCCGGCUGAACUUAGUAGACACGCAGUUGAGUUGGAGAAAAAAGCAAUACAGCUAACGGUGGAAGAAGGGAAACAGAUGCAACGGAUGAAGGCUCUAAAUAUAUUGGGGAAAUCUGGCCCAAUGAACAACCCAUUGCUGACAACUAAACAACUGCAAUCUAAGAAAUGAAAAUUCACAAUGGCAAUCUGUUGCCAAUUGGUGAUUAACAAUGAAACUGGUGAUCAGGUUUGCCUCAUCUACUUCACAGGGAUGAAGUUUGAUGUUGAUUCCAUUUCCUUUUUGGACAUCAGUUACUCCAACCCAUUUGGCUGCUUGACAACUGUUUCUGUUGGCUUUCCUUUGGAGAAAAUUAUUUCCAAAGCUAAUAAAAAUUACAGAGCACACUUAAUCUAUCUUGAGACGCUGGGGGAGGUGCAUAGUCUUGUUGGCACCUAUAGGUUGUUGCUCUUCAGAUGGCCAUAUGCUGCUCAUUAUUUUUUAAUUACUCUUCGUCAAAUGCAGUAUGGCCUACAGAUUCAAAUGGAAUUAAUGUUGUAACAUUUUUGUUUUAAUUUAACUCUGCUUUC